AUUGAAGGUGAGACACUGAUUUGAAAUGAGUUUUUGUCAAGCGACAGUGUAGUGUCAAAAAAAGUUUUCUUUUUUUUUAUUAAAAAUCUUUUCGUAUAUGGUUGCGUUUGUUAUCAGAAAUUUAUUGAUUAAAUACAAUUAAAUCAUUUCGAAGUGAGAAAAAAAUAACAUUUACUGCUGAUUAACAGCUCAAUCUACCGACGGUAAUUAUGUCUGCAAGAAAGAAGAAACCUGGUCUUAGACUUCAAGUUUCGGAUGAUGUUCCUAAAGUAGUUCCACCAGCAAAUUUAGAUACCAGAACAACGAUUACUAUAGGUGAUAGAACGUUUGAUGUAGAGGCAGAUGACCUAGAAAAAAUUGGAGACCUUGGUAGGGGUGCUUAUGGUGUUGUUGAAAAAAUGAAACACAUUCCAAGUGGGACUAUUAUGGCUGUAAAGAGAAUCACAGCAACUGUUAACACUCAAGAACAAAAGAGAUUGCUUAUGGAUCUCGACAUAUCAAUGAGAAGUAGUGAUUGCCCUUAUACUGUACAGUUUUAUGGUGCCCUUUUCAGGGAAGGAGAUGUCUGGAUAUGCAUGGAAGUAAUGGAUACGAGCUUGGAUAAGUUUUAUGCAAAAGUUUAUAAGAAUGGGAGAAAAAUACCAGAAGAUGUUUUAGGAAAUGUUGCUCUUGCAGUAGUUAGUGCCUUACAUUAUCUAUAUUCUCAAUUAAGAGUAAUCCAUAGAGAUGUUAAGCCUUCCAAUAUCUUAAUAAACAGAAAAGGUGAGAUUAAAAUGUGUGAUUUUGGUAUCAGUGGAUAUUUAGUGGAUUCCGUGGCAAAAACUAUUGAUGCCGGUUGUAAACCAUAUAUGGCGCCUGAAAGAAUCGAUCCACAAGGUAAUCCUUCACAAUACGAUAUCAGGUCGGAUGUAUGGAGUUUGGGCAUAUCUCUAAUAGAACUAGCUACAGGAGACUUCCCUUACCCGAAAUGGGGUACACCUUUUGAACAACUUAAACAAGUAGUUGCUGAUGAUCCUCCUAGGUUACCUUCUGGGCAAUUUUCUACAGAAUUCGAAGAUUUCACAACUAAAUGUUUACAAAAAAAAUAUACGGAUAGGCCUAAUUAUAGUCAAUUAUUAGAGCACGAAUUUUUAGUGAAACACAAAGACAUUAAUACUGAUAUAUCCCCUUAUGUUUCUGAAAUACUCGAUAUAUCAGAUAACCCCUGAGAUUCGUGUACUAUUUCUUAGUUCAGCAAUUUUAAUUUUUGCAUUUUUAAAAUGAAAGAGAGAUCAAUUUUAAUUUCGCCAAGCCGACUGAUAACUUUUUAAUUGUUCUAAAUGUAAUUUGAUUUAGAUGGUUUUUAUUUCGAAAUUUUAGGUUAUCAAGUUUUAAUAGUUUUGUUUUUAUGAAAGGUAUACAAUAAAUAGGAAUAGUUUCCUUAAGAUAAAAUCUUUUUUCCAUGGUAUUGGACUUCUCUAAUUACAAUUUUCUGGUUUUUAAAAUGUAGCUUGGAUCUUAGGAAAUAUUAUUUAAAAUUGAAAUUGGAAUGUUUUGUUUUUUAUUCAAAAAAUAAACAAAACGUUUUUUGUUCAAUAAAUAUUUGUUUUAUUAAUAUGACUUUUUGGUUAAACUUUUUGUACCAUAAAAAUGAAAAAUGUAAUAAAUUGUUUUUUGUUAUUUUCCUCAUAAUUUUUUCUCUAAUGAGGUCUUUAUAAGACACUUUUUUACUAUUUUAAAAUUAAUUUUUCUUAUAAGAAAGUCCAAGUACCAUUCGAGUUAUUUUUAUUUUUUCCCUAAUCAGUUACAUAAUUGUUAAUAGAGUUAAUUUUAUUUAAAGGUCAAUAUCUUACUGAAACUAUUUCCUUAUUCAAAUUGGUUACUAUUGAAAGUAAUUGCGAAGUAAAUAAUAUAUUUAUUUUUGUAAGAUGUUAUUAAUAACAAUUAAUAUCAAAGUAAUUAAAUCUGCAAAUUUUUAUAAAGUACAAAUUCGAGUAAAAGAUACAACACACAUAAACGUAAAAAUCAUUUCAUUAUUUUGGCUGAUAAAAACAUAUUUUCAUUGUGUUACGGCAAAAUAUAGUAGAAAAAGAAUGUUAUGGGGUACAUAACAUUGUUUGAAGAGUAGUUUUGGCUUUAAAGAACUAUUCCUUUGUUGUACCAAGUCUUUUACUGAAUUGGGCAAAACAUUCUCAGAGUAGAUGAAGGCAUAAUCUGCAGUAGUUGUUCUCUGCCAUGCCUAUCAAGGUAUUCGAUGGAGUCAGUAGACCAACCACCAAUUUAUUGUCGUUCCUGGACAUAUCAGACUUAGCUGAUAGAAUAUUUUCUCUAUAUCUGAUUCUUUAGCUUUACAUUCAGUUCCUUGUUGAUGCGAUAUCUCAUAAAAUCACAGUAGAGCUCUGGUCCACAAUAUGUAGCCAUUGUCUACUUUUUUAUUGCAUCGAAGUGAUAUUAGGGCUACCGUGUUUCUGUUAGCUAGUGUUUUAUAGUUAGAGACACUCACGUAAGCUUGGACGUGCACUCAAUAACUUUUAGCGCCUUCAAGGCUAUUGGAGAAUGCCUAAUCCAAUCCUUGAACAUCCUAUAUACCAGCGAAGUGUAUUUCGAGCUUACUUAUGAUGUAAUCGAAAAAUUUUUCACUUGAAUUUGUCCAGACUGAGUCAAUUAAAAUGAUUGUGUACCGUUAUUUUUAUGUGAGUCAUAUUUUGAAGAAUAUCUAGCAAAGUAUAAUUUAGAAAUAAAGGAAUUUAUUCUAUUUCUUUUUUUUUUUUAAAUUUCGUUUAUAUAAAAAUAACUAGCGAAAAACCAAUCAUCUAUAUUGUAAUCAUACAAAUUGUAGUACAUAUUAUAUAACGAGAUGUAAUUGAGCAAUUGUAGUCUUCGUGUUAGUACAAAUGUGAACAAAUUAGAAAUUGUAUUUGCAUAAAAUUGUUAAAUAUCCAUGUCCAUUAUCAUUUAGGAUAUACCCCUGACUGCCACAGUGUUUUUGUAUGUUUUAAAUAGCACCCAUUUAAAGUUAUAAGAAUGUCUAAAACUAAAACAAAUCAAAUUUUUUCUAGGUUAUAAAUCUAAAAAUGUAUUGAAAACUGAUAAAAAUAAUGAUGAUUUCAAUUGUAUCUAUUAGAAUGGAUUGAAAAUUCAAAAUUACCCAUUUCUGUGUCUUGACAUAACAUUUAGAGCUAUUAAUUCACUUUAUUUAUCCGUUGAUAGUGUCUUAAUUAAUUUAAACAGUAGUUCAAAUGUCACUCGAUUAAAUUGUUUUAUAUAUAUUGUCAUUAUUGAUUAUCCCAGGGUAAUGAAUUUUCAAUUCAUUCUAGUCAAUUAGACAGUUGUAUAAGGUAUUGUAAAAAAAAACUAAAAAAGUAGUUCAAAUGUCAUAUUUUAUAACAUUGGUAACUUUGAUCGCAAUUCAUAUACAAAAUCGUCGAUUGAUUUGAAAAGUAGUUCAAAUGUCACUCGAUCCGCAUAUUCUAUAAAAUAAUUAAUAUAUUCCAUUGCUAUUGAUUUUUUCUAGGCGAUGAAUUUUCAAUACAUUUUAGUGAAUCUGAGAGUUUACUUUUAAAAAUAUGUUGUUUAACGUAUUUAAAACUUAUACAUGUAAUAUUUAUUUCAAUAAUUUGAUUGGAUUAGAAUAAAUUGAAAAUUCAAAACUACUUAUCGAUUAUCUGUUUAGAAAUGACAUUUGUAGAAGUCAUUGAGUAACCAACUGAAAAAGUAGUUCAAAUGUUACUCGGUCUGCAUAUUUUAAUGAAUUAUUUUUAUUUUUCAUUGGUACUGAUUUUCCUAGGGUGAUGAAUUUUCAAUAAGUUCUAGUUACUUUUAAAAAUUUGUUAAUGAAAUGGGUGAUCUGUGUUUUAACAGGUUACUUGUUUCGUAUAACUCUCUGUACAUCACUGAAUGUUAUUAACAUGUUUUAUAAUUGUACGAAUCGGGAUUUUCUGAUUUUCAUGGAGUUAAAUUGUUACAUUUUCACGAACUUUGUUCAUUGAUGAUGUAUAGAUAAAUGUAUGUACCUGAAAUGAGUUUUUAAUUUGUACUGUUUUUCUUUAUUGGGUAUUAUUUUAAACAGGAUCAUUUUUAUUGUGGUAUUACGUUAAUUUGUGACAUCACAACAUUUAUUUUAUUUUCUUCUAUUAUAUUUCAUAAAAUUUUGAUUUUACGGUUUAGAUAGUGACGCUAUGAACACAUUGAAAAAAGAAAUUUUAGUAUUUAGUCUUUUUUUUCAAAUUUCUCGCCAUUUUGUUUUGAGUGCUUGUCGUCAAACUUUUCUGCUAUCGGUGUUUUGAGUUUUAGUUUUGUCUAAAUUUAGUUAAAUCCCUCUAUUUUUGUUUUUACCGCUUUUUUGGUAGCAGAAAUUGUUUGUGAUGAAUAUAAGUCCGAAUAUUACACAUAUAAAUACCUAAAAUGCCAUAGUUGUUGCUGGUACAAUUUGUUGCAUAAACAUCGAACUAGGUAUUGAAGAUUAAAUCUAAUUAAAUUUUUGAUUGUGGUUGAAAUGGACAUUUUAUAUAAUUAUAUAGUUAAUAUAUAAAUUGAAAUUUAUUGAAAAUUGCAUCAUGACAAAGUAAAAUUAUAUUUUGUUGUUUUAAAAACGUUGAAAUUGUAUUGUCUUAAUCGUAGCAUCACUUUCUAAAAUAGAUUUUCUAAUAAUUUAUUUUAUUUGAAGUUGUACUCACUUUGUAUGUAAUUUUUAGUGAAAUAGUUUUUAAUUUCAGUUAUAAGAAAAGUGUGAUACUUAUAAAAAUAAAAAACCAACAAGACAUA